GCACCCAUCAAAAUUGGUAUCUAUAGCAUGACCAUUGCAUAGCACUGCAUUGAUGAAAUUGGCCUCUGCAUCGGCGUGCAUAUCAGGGUAGUUGAAGGUACUCGCCUCAAAGUUGUAGUGUUGUGCUUUUGGAUUGCUUUGGUAGCUCAUAGAACGUAAUGUGCAAUUACUCGUAGUGCACCACGUCCACAAUACAAGUGCUCCUACUUGCUAAAAAUGCCGGUUCUCAACCAGGACACCUCCUGGUAGCUUUGUAAGACUGAUUUUGUGCGUAAUCCGACAAUCUUAGUUUUUCUGCGGCUCGAGGAGAGCAGCCGGAGCAAAGCGGACUCUUUGGCGUUGCCCCUGUUCGCUUCAGGCGAAAGCAGUAGCAACCAUGGAGUCAUGCCGCAAGGCUGUGAAGGAGCGUAUCCUAGACGAUAUGCUCGGCAGCGUGCAGGACACAACGGGUGGGGGCUGGAAGGUGCUGAUCGUGGACAAGUUCACCACGCGCGUCCUGUCCUCCACGCUGCGCAUGUCUGACAUCAUGGACAGCGGUGUCUCGGUCGUGGAGGACCUCGCGAAGGCGCGCGAGCCGAUGCAGCAGGCCGCCGUGUACUUCAUUCAACCCACCCCGGAAUCCAUCGCCCGCGUGCUGGAUGACUUCGGCGGGCCGGAGGGCAAAGCGGGCGUGGGCAAGGGCAAGUCGCUAUACCCAUCGGCCCACAUCUUCUUCUCAAACAAGCUCCCGGCGGAGGCGGUGGAGAAGCUGAAGGCUAACCCGCGCCUGCUCAAAGCGUUGAAGACGCUCAAGGAGCUAAACCUGGAAUUCCUGACCAUUGACUCGCGGACCAUGAUCACAGAUCACCCGGAUGCCGGCUCCCUGCUGCUGAGUGACGCGUGUGUGACGGAGAAGACGGCGGUGACGCGGCAGGUGGACGCCAUCGUGUCGCGCCUGGCCACUCUGUUCACGGCACUCAAGGAGUUCCCGGUCAUCCGGUACAAGAACGCCAGGGCUCCGGAGCCGGGCGACCCGCCGGGUCAGGCCACGCGCGCCUCGCUGCCUCAGCUGCUGUCGGGUCGGCUGUACGAGCGGCUGGCGGGGCUACAGCGGGCGGGGCAGCUGCCGACAAAGCCGCUGAUGGCGGACCACAUCGAGGACCUCAACGCGGGCCGCCUCAGUCUGGAGGACUUCCCCUACGUGCGGUACGAGACUGAGAGCCAGGCGGGCGGCAAGGCGGAGAGCCGCGAGGCACUGCUGGCGGAGAGCGACGACCUGUGGGUGGAGUUGCGGCACAUGUUCAUUGCCGAGGUGUACAGCUCCAUCGCCAACCGCUUCAAGGACUUCCAGGCCAAGAGCAAAGUGGCGCGCGCGCAGGGCACGGGUGUGGACAAGAAGGCCGACGCGGCGUCCAUCCGGCAGCUCAUUGUGGCGCUGCCGCAGUACAGGGAGCAGCUGAGCCGGCUGGCUCUGCACAUCCAGCUGAGCAGCGAGCUCAAGACCGCCACCAACGCGCGCGCGCUGACGGAGGUGGGCGAGCUGGAGCAGGACCUGGUGCUGGGCGACAAGAGCAGCAAGGACAUGCUGGCCUACUUCGCGGAGCACGGCGCCCAGAUGGACGGCUACGACAAGAUGCGGCUGCUGGCCUGCUACCUGGCCACACACCCAGGCAGGCUGGACCUGGCCAAGCGCAUGCAGUGGCAGAAGGCCACGGGCAUCUCUGGCGAGGACAUGGCGGCGCUGUGCAGCGGCCUGGCGCGAAUGGGCGUGAGGGUCAUGGAGGGCCAGGCGGGCGCGGAGGCGGGCGGCAAGAGCAGUUUCUUCGGCGGCAAGAAGAAGGCGGCGGCAACCAAGGCCACCCGCAAGAAGAAGGGCGGCGACGAUGAGGAGGAGUACGCACUCAACCGCUUCCAGCCGCUGAUGGCGGACCACAUCGAGGACCUCAACGCGGGCCGCCUCAGUCUGGAGGACUUCCCCUACGUGCGGCAACCCACCGACCCGGACGCGGGGCCGGAGAAGUCCGCCGCCUCCGCCCGCACCGCGCGCUCCGGCCUCAACUGGACCCGGCGCAAGGACGCGGACGGAGCCGGCGGCUCGGGCGCCCCCGCGGGGCGGCGACUGGUGGUGUUCGUGAUCGGCGGCGCCACGAGAGGCGAGAUGCGCAUCGCGCACACGCUGUCCAGCCAGUUGAACCGCGACAUCAUCCUGGGCUCCACCUCGGUCAACGUGCCCACCAACUUCAUCGACCUGCUCUACAACCUUAUCCCCGAGCACGGCGACGCCUAGGCGGAGCAUCGGGCAGCAGUAUGGGGAGGAGGGGCACAUCAACUUUUUGGAGCAGCUAGGGACGCAGGUGGACGCGGGGCGGAGGCGCAAUGGGACGAGCAGGAGGAGGGCGAGGAGGACGAGGAGGAGGACGACGUCGCGGCGGGAGGCCACGCGCGCGUGUAGAUUCCAAAGGUACCGCCGGCAUACUUGACAACCGUCCCUGUGAUGCUCGACCCGGAGAGGGGCGCGAGACCUGGCGUGGCAGCUCCACCGGGCGGCGAGCGGCGAGGGUUCGUGCACCUGUCUGUGUCUGUGGCGUGGCACGUGCCGGCGAGGGUUUCGUGCAGGACACGUGUAUGAGGCGACGGCAGGCGCAGCUGAGCAAGUCUUUGGCGCGAUGGCUGGGCCGGGCUGGGCUGCUAGGGGGGCGGUGGCAGUGGGCCUGGCCCCGCGCCCGUACGACUAUUGUGUGUGGCGGUGUGCGGGUGUGUGGUUGUGUGUGUGUAUAAUGGGGAACGUGAACGCCUGCAUCCAGGCGACGCGUGGGUACACCGCAACGGCCCCUUGUGUAGCAAGAGCGGGUCGAAUGCAACCGGCGGCAGCACACGGCGGCCACGUGACACUUAUGGGGCGUGCUGGCUGCAGGGGCGAGCAAGGUGGUCUGGGAAGCACGGCAACAGUGCAAACGUGCGGUGGAAGCGAUGGAGGCGGCCACGCAUUGCAGGUGCACGUGCAGGUGGCGCAGGCCCCAGACCGUGUGUAACGUGGCUACGGCUCCC